AUGAUACAAGGAACGCGUCGCUGGCUCAGGCGCAACCGCACAAACUUCGCAAUCGGCGCCGGAGUGCUCGGCGCCGGCUAUCUGGCGGGGCAGUAUGUGCUGGGCAAGCUCGGGGAGGCGAGGCAGCGCAUGAGCGAUGAUCGCAUCGCGAAAGAGAAUCUCCGCCGCCGCUUCGAACAGAACCAGGAAGACUGCACCUUCACCGUCCUCGCCAUCCUACCGACCGCGACCGAGAACAUACUCGAUGCCAUCCCCGUGGAGCAAGUGCUGGAAGAGCUACAGAGACAAAAGGCAGAGCGCCUGUCACGUAGCGUCGGGCCCAGCGAGAUUGCGAGUACAGCGCCUCCGAGUGUAGCCGACACGACCGAGGAUGACGCAAGAAGCUCGAGUCUGCAGACGGACAGCUUCAUCCAUGCCAGCCAAAUCGCUACAGAGGGCGAUAGCAAUACGGGACCAGCCGAGGGCAGUCCAGAGCCCCGAGAGGACAGGAGGUCCAAGAAGAGCAAAGCACAGCUAUGGAGUGAGAUGAAGAUUAGUUCAAUAACGCGAGCCUUCACCCUCGUCUACACCCUGUCUCUCCUUACGCUUCUCACUCGCAUUCAACUGAACCUCCUCGGCCGUCGAAACUACCUCGCAUCCGUCGUGUCCCUGGCCGCACCGCAGCCGACCACUGAAGGCUCAAGGAUCAACCUAGAAAACAACGACGACGACAACUUCGAGCAGGCGUACGGCAAUGAUUUCGAGACGAACCGCAGGUACCUUAGUUUGAGCUGGUGGCUGCUACACAAGGGAUGCAUAGAUCUUAUUGAGAAAGUGAGGGUCGCAGUCAAGGACGUCUUCGGCCUUGUGAACCCAAGAGAAGAGAUGACCUUGGAAAGGCUGUCUGAACUUACACUGGAAGUACGCAAGAGAGUCGAAGGUGCGACCGAGGAAGAGCGAAGAACAUGCAAGUGGCUCGCUUUCCUACUUCCACCGCAAGACCAGGAAGACUAUGUCCUUCAAGAGUCCGGCAUGACCUCAUCAUCUGAGUCGACAUCCCCCACAACAACCGCCUCUCUUCGUCGCCUUAUCGAUGAAACCUCCGACCUCAUCGAAUCGCCUGCCUUUGCCCAUGUCCUUACACAGCUCCUCGAUGCGGCCUUCUCCCACCUCGUCGAUGUCAAGAUCUCGCAACUCUCAUACAAGAUCCCGCCUGUCUCUGAUAGCAACGCUCGUGUGCAGGAGAUUGUUGGCCACGACGUCAAGGCCAAGGUCGCCAACAGUCUAGCGGUGUUCUGCAGACAGGCGCAUAGUAUCGGAAGCGGAGCGAACAACGAGUAUCUAGCUGCUAUCGAAGCUGUUGGUGGUCUGGAGGCAUUCGCUGCUGUGGUCUACUCUAGCAACUUCGAGUACGAAAGCCCAGAGGCUGCUGCCUUGGACCGUCCCGCUCCUGUACAAUUGACGAAGCCAAGCGUGGUGCCUGAAGUUGCAGCUUUGCAAGAUGUACAGCAGAGCCCAUCGGUACUCAUAAUGGCGGACCAACAGGGAAAAGAUGCAUAUGUAACUCUCCUCACUCGACCCAGUUAUCUCGCCGGCGCAAUCCUCCUAGCCUAUACACUCAACAAGCAUUCACCAAACACACCCCUCAUCAUAACCUACACGCCUGAAACACUCCCAGAGGCCUCAGUCAACGCCUUCAAAGCCGAAGCUAGACAUUCCAACAUCGUCCUCCACCCCGUAGAACACCUCCGCCUUCCUGAAGAUGGAACAGAACACGGCAUGGUCGCCGAGCGCUUCAUCGAUACAUGGACCAAACUGCGCGUCUUCGACCUUUGGGACAUGCCUCAGAAAUUUGAACGAAUCUGCUGGCUAGACGCCGACAUGAUGAUCUUCUCCAACCCCUCGCCCCUAAUCUUCAACAAGCAAAACGACGCCUACCUGCAAGGUGGCGACGGAAUGCGAACCAUGGCCGUACACACCUGUGUCUGCAACCUCGACCAUGACUCCUGGGCCCCUGCUGAAUGGAACCCGGAGAACUGCGCCAUGGCUAAACUCACAGCCCCGGAACAACUCGCUCAAGUGCGACCAGAACCUUACACGCUGUCCAACUUCAACUCGGGGACUUUUCUCUAUCGCCCUAGCAAAGCUCUAGCUGAGUUUGUCCUCCAGAAGUUUCAGGAAAUUGGCAACACUAGACUCCGCGCUAUGAAGUUCCCUGAUCAGGAUUUCUUAAACGAGGCUUUUGAUGGCCGCUGGAGUACUUUGUCCUGGAAAACGAAUGCAUUGAAGACGUGGAGAUAUUGGCAUACUAAUAUAUGGGUCGACGAUCAGGUCGCUGUGCUGCAUUACAUUGUGGAUAAGCCAUGGGCUGCGCGUGUAAAGGAAGAUGGCACGGCAGGGUACCUAGGAAAAGACGGAGAGACGCAUCGCUGGUGGUGGGACGAGUAUGCAAACUGGUCUAGCGAGCGUGAGAAGCAGGGAGAGAAGGAGUUGUUGGAUAUCGUGGGGAAGUAUGCUGCAAGGGAAGAUGGCCAGGAGAACGAGGAGAUGAGGGCUAUUGGGGGUGGGGCGCAGGACUUUGCGAAGAAGUGGCCUGCUAAGGAGGGAGAGGCAAAGGAGGGUGGUGGUGGUGGUGGUGCGAAUGAACCGAAGUUGACAGAGGAGGCUCAAGAGCAGGCUGACGCGUUUGGUCAGGGACCGAAUGGCCCUGUGCUGAGGAAACCUAUGUUGGGUGAGAGGGGCCAUGGGCCGGUUGUAAGGGGUGGAAGAGGAAUUGGCGGGAGGAGAGGCGGCGAGGGGUGGAGCGUUAUGCAGGAUUGA